UUCAAUUGUUGAGGAUCAGACAGUUUUCAGGUUCUUAUACAUGAACGAAGUGUAUCGUGAAGGGAAACUAUGUUGUCUGAUUGAUCACGUUUCAUCGAGUCAUACUUUCAAGUAGCAUUUUAUAAUUCACAUCGUUCAUAUAUGGAAGAAGACGUUUGUGUUUCAAAUUUCACAAGCUUGGAAGCCCUCGAUGGAAGUCUGGAGGAUGUCGAUGGCGUUUUUUGCUCAGAUUCUGCGAAUUGGUCGCGGAGUUUGGGUUGCAGAAGUGUGGCACUUUCUUCAAGCAUUCCUGUGGUACAGUCCAGUAGAACGACUGCUGUACCUAAUAUGAUGCAUCCAAACCCAAUCCCCGAAUCUGAAGGAGUUGUCGAAUACGAUCGUCAUUUUGACGACAUACUUCAACAAGUGGACGAGUUCUAUACGUUAUCACUUGUCGUCCGUGUUUUUCGUGCGUUGCAACGUUACACUCAGACUCGGGGAGAGAAACAUAUAUUGCGCCUGGCAGGGGAUCUGUACCUCCGAAAACAGACCCUUCAAGCUUAUUUUCAAAUUUGGACGUGGCGCAUGCGAACAAAGUUGGGAUCGGUCGACCGUUUAUCAACUGUGGCUCGUGCUCAUCACGAACAUUGGAUUUUACAACGCUUCUGGCAUCGAUGGUGUCAACGAGUCCACGACCGAAGGCGGUUUACAACUCUUUGUGAACUGGCAAAUCAUCACCAGUCUGUCACCAUGAGUAGUCGCUUACUCUCUUGGGCAUUCCAUCAAUGGCUCACUAUGGCUCGUGAUUCACACAAAGCGAAUCAUUUCUACAGACGGAAGCUCCUUUGUUUGGCAUUCAGCUCCUGGUGCAGUAAAACACAACUAAGCACCAAAAAACGCUGUCAAGAACGUCUGGCUAUAGUACAUCACAAACAGUGGCAACAGAAGUACUGGUUCAAUAUGUGGCUGAAUCAGGUUACAGUAGAACAAGAGUGGCUGUCUAAAGCGGAGGAAGUCAUACGAAAACGCCAGUCCCAGGCACAAUUUCGGUUGGUGAAGUCAGCUUGGGACAAGUGGCGAGACUAUGCUUCUGUUUGUCACCGGAAAGAACAAGCAGCCAUCGUCCACAAUGAACAACGAACUUUACAUUUGGUUUCAGUCGCCUUUCGUCAAUGGUAUGUUUGGGCCACUCGGAAACGGAAUCAGCGUCAGAUGGUGCGGGCUCAUCGUAGUGCUAUGAAUGAAAAACUGUUGCGCACGAUGAUUUCCCGGUGGCAUGAAUACACAACUUCUUAUUCGAGGCGGUAUACUCAACUGCAAGCGUGCUUUGAAGCGAUGACAAAACUUAGACACUCCCACGCAAUACAACAGGCAUUCUGGCGCUGGCGAGUCCAGUGGAAGCUACAGAUAGCUGAUAAGUUUGCGUCAAGGUCGUUACUUCAGCGUAGCGUACAUCAGUGGUAUCUUCUUCACUUGACCAAUAUUCAAAAAUCACGUCAAUACCAAUCUGCCGUACGGUUCCGCGAGAUAACUCUAAAGUUUCGGUUUUUAACCGCCUGGUCUGAUCAGUAUAAGCAAGCGCGUCGCCUACGGCAGCUGGAUUCACUCGCCCUUUGUCGUUGGUCUUGUUAUCUACAAGCACGUGUUUGGUCCGCUUGGUUGCGUUGGUCCAACGAUCGCAGACGUGAACGGAAUCUGCGUCAAACCGCUAUUGUAUAUUACAGACAACGUAAGACGGGUGAAAUAUUCCGCGCUUGGAAGAAGAAGGCUGUAUUCACGAGAGAGCAACGACAACGUGUCUUCUGUCAUCAUUUUUGGAACUCAAAUUUUCACUGCUUCAGUGUUGCGUACAAAGCUGCAACACACUGGUAUCACUGGACUCUCAAGAGACGAUCCAAACGUCUUCAGGAAAAAGAGUCGACCAAAAGCAUUGCAGAUCCAUCAACAGUACCAUCUCCAAUGCAAUUGAAUGUGCUAGAUGGUGGCUGUUGUAAUGAAACAGCUACUGCACACCAACAUCCAGAGCCCGCGAAUCCCACCACGGGGAAUAUGAACGAUCACACCUUGAUUUUGUCACAACCGCAAUGCCCGCAAUUCCUCCUACCGUACCUGCAUUCGCAAGGCGUUCCGCAGGAUGUGAUAUCGCAGGUGUCUACAGGUUCCUGCAAUGUUGCAGUCAACAAUACUGCCAACUCAACGCAGCCCGUCGCGUUCGGGUUCCAUGAUAUCAAAGAACGAAUUGAUCACCUUAAAGUGAGAAUCCACACCUACAUUCUUGAAAGGGAAGUGCUAAGAUUGGAGAGCACUUUGAACGAACCGUCUGACUGUGUGAAGGAGGCCUUGCAACACUCGGAGGUUGGCCUUGAUUCUGGUGCGAAGGUCGGAGGUGGCAGUUUUUCUGGUCACGUGAAAAAAUCCAAGGACUGCAUGGUCGUGAUGGCCAAGUGGGAUGACCGCUUCCACCGUUUCUCAAUGACUGUUAAGAACCAUCUGUUUUCUUCGUACUCCAGUUAUCCCGCUGCCGAAUCAACUAUGGAGUCGUGUGAUUGUAGUCCUUAUGGCGUGGAUGCGGUUUCUACUCCCAACGAUCUGGUCUCUCUGGCUUGGCUACAAAAAGGUGAUAUCAUUCAAAUUGCCCCUCUAGAUGGCGAAGAGGAACAGCAAAAUGGUCUGGAAAGUUCUACUGGUUCUCUGUCAUCUUUGAAAAGUGAUGACUAUCCGGGUUUCCGAACGACUUUGGCUGAAUUUACACCUUUCUCCAUACGAUCGACUGCCCCAUCGCGAACAUCCAUUCCAUCGACCACUACUGCCUUUAAUCAUCCAUCAACUACAGAUUAUGGCUCAGUGCAAUGUAGAAUCGAGUCCUCUCAGUUGCCUCACACUUCACAUUUGGUGCAAAACAAUCAGGGGUUAACAAAACCCAAUUAUAGCUACACGCAUUUGAUUUUCAUGGCAAUUGAGUCAACCCCUCAGAAGUGUAUGACGGUUAAUCAGAUUUACAACUGGUGUGAAUCCAAUUUCCCCUUCUACAAACAUGCUGGUGCUGGUUGGAAGAAUUCGCUGCGUCACAAUUUGUCCAUUAACAAAUCAUUCAAGCGUCUGCCACGUGACAGUCGUGGGCCUGGUCGUGGUGCGUUUUGGACCGUGGAACCGAGGGAGCGAGCCACAUUGUUGGAUGCCAUUAAACGCAACCCAUGGAAUUAUAACAAUAUGGCAGCCUUGGUUUCUGCCAGUUCUGAUUCUACGGGUCGUGCAUCUGUUCCCUUAAUGGAUUUUUCCAGUCCCCAGCUGCUUGGUAUGCGUCGUUUUGGGCUAAGUCAGAGUGCUCCAGGUCAUCUGCUUCGAACAGAAGGGAUGGGGUAUGCCGGGCUGCAUUUUGAUCCGAUGGGUAAUCUGACGGAUUUUCCUCCAGGUUCAGGUUUGCGUUUGUUGCCUACUUUGGAUGGUCACUUGGUCGCCACCUUUGGUAAUGAGCUUCAAAAUAGCCUACUGAACUCUGCUAUGGAUGUUGGCGAUUACGAUGGAUCUUCUUCACUGUCCCACGAUGACUUCGACGUCGCUAUUCCGGGUACUCCUCGUGCCGAGGGAGUCAGCGUUCCGCUGGACUGGUCCGCCGAAGAUGAAGAGAAAUACCAAUCCACGCUUAGACUACUCACGGAAACGGCAACUCCUGAGAACGAUGAACUGAGCAAAUCUGGAGCUGUGGAGUACAGGCCUUGUGGAGCCAAACAUGACAACUUUGACGUUACCAUUUCCACAGACGAUGCCAAGCUGGUCACAAAGCAGCGCCGUAAAUCUCGGCUGCAGCCUACACGUGUUGGAACCUGCAAUGAAUGCAAAGAAAAUGCGGCGGUUGGUUGCGAAGCCUGCUCAGAAAGGCGUCUACGUUUUUUGUUAGAUCCACUCUCGAAAGCCUCAUUUCAGGAACGCGCCUUGGAAGAUGUUGCCAACGCCCUUGACUCUGAUCAAGAACAAGGUCCAGCUGGAGGCCCCUCUGUAAGGAAAACGUGCCGAAAGACUUCCAGCACUAUUAAUGCAAAUUCGCCGAAGUCGGACGAUUCGACUGUUGCCACAGCAGUUUCAACAGUGGAAACCGAGGAAGUUUAUGUAACUCCUGCUCCACACAUCGACCAUGAAUAUUCCCACUGUCAAGCACAGCUUCGCGCACCUGAUGAUAAUCGUAUGGUCAACCGAUACAACGAAAAUUACUGUGCCGAAAUGAUGAGGCGACUUACUCGCUCACGUUCUUAUGUUAGGCGCAGCUCGAACAUGGGACUCAGGACGAAGGCUGUUAGCAAAUUGACGGGUGAACACGGUAGAUCACGUUAUGGUUAUCUGGAGAGCGAUACUAGCUUCCAUGAUCCUGAUGACUUUAGUGAUGGAGAGCGUGACGAAUUUCCUAACAAUGAGAGCCCCGGUGGAAAUGACGUUCUCAAACAACAGGAACACACCCGCCGGCGCGGAAGGUACAAACGCCGAAGGGGCACUCCACGGGUCCCGAGCAUCUACUCUGAAACCCGCCUGGCUUUACCUCGCCGUGGUAACAGACGGUUUCUGCGAACCACAUCGCGAAGACGUAGAGGUCGGCGCCCACUCUUGUCCGCAAUUGAUUCGUUGGCUACCCGUUAUGCAGUGCGCCGCUCUAGACGUGGCGUCAAAAUACCAAGACGCCCCUAUGACGAUAGCGAAGAUUCCCUAUCUCUUGAGGGAUGUGAUCCAGAUAGCUACUCUGCCGAGUUGAGUGGCAAUAAAGAACCAACUGGUUAUGAACCUUAUGAAGGUUUGGAGUCACGGAAUCGCCUCAAUAAUAUAAGGUACUUUGAAUCUGAUGAUUUAUGCAAGUCUAAUCGUCGAGGGCGACGAAGAGGUCAGAAACGGGGUUGGAACAGACGUUACAAUGAUAGACGCGUUGUCAGAUCUGAUAGCGACUACGAAGAGUACAAUGGAUCUGAUAACAGUGAUGGCGAGGAUGAAGAGGCGCGUUACCUGAGACUGGCAUGUAAACGUCAGCGAAUGGUCUCCCCUGCCCGACCGGACGAUUCUGGCUCUCAUCCUCUACUUUACCGACCAACCUAUCUUUACCCCAAACAAGGAGGAACGACACCGAGUCCAGACCACUUUCGUCAUACCCUUAACGGCAGGGACAUAAAUUCCCAUAACGUUGGUCCCCUAUGGGGUCAGUCGAGGAUGAGGUUAGUUGGCAAUUUUUCCCCGAUGGCUUGGUCAAUUGGAAUGCAAGGAGAUCCUGAUUCUGACGAAUUAUUAUCGGAAUCAGAUGCAUUGGACCAGGAGGUCGAUGAUUGUGAUGGGAUAACCACUGAAGACACUAAAGCCCCUUCAAAGAGUGAACGCGCUACCGUGGAGGCCGCCCAACUCUUGCUGGGUAUCAGUCAGAUGCAAAGCUUUCGUCGCCAGUCCGGCUACUUGAGUUUGGACUCAAGUGGUGCAAGCGCAAGCCUUCUUGGUGAUGCAGCUUCUAGCCCCGUCACUGGUUCACCAGCCCUUCAGGCCGGUGAAGAAAAAAGCACUCCCAGUUCACCCCGUGAUACCAACCCCGCAACUUCGUCAUCCCCUGUGGCUUCCAUUGUCCGUGAACUUCUGGAAUAUCUCUUCUUUGGUCACCACUUUCGAACUGCUGUGGAUGCACAUCUAGGCUACGUUACAGAGACGCGGAAGUUUAAACCAGUACCUCGCGCUCCGAAAGCCGUUCACCUCAACUGA